UCCCCUGCACAGGUUUAUCUUCUACUCUUCAACUCUGGUGAAGAAGAAGAAGAAGAUUCCACCUUCUUCCUCCGUUUCAAACCAAUCAAGAACAAUGAUAGCUAGUCGUGAUUUUUUUGAAGUAUAAACCCACCAAAAAAAUUAAAUUCAUUCCACACCACCACAUAUAAAAAAAAAAUGGCUUCAAUUUGUGUUUCUAAUUCACCCGAUAUUCGUUCCUUCCACAGGAAACCCAUCUCAAAAAACCUAAUUUUGUCCCCCUUUUCUCUAUCCUUCCCGUUUCACAAAGCCCCACUAUGCGCAGUGAAGACCGGGUCGGACGACGGUGGGGCGGCGGCGCGUAACAGCCAGACGCCGUACGCGGCGGAUUUGUUGAGGAAGCCGCUGGCGUCGUCGCCAGCCCCAGUCGAGCAAGAAGAGACGGUGAAGGAAUAUUCGGGUGAAAAGAAGGGUGGGGAUGGUGACACGUGGGUCGAUUGGGAGGACCAGAUUUUGGAGGAUACUGUGCCCCUUGUUGGCUUCGUUCGAAUGAUUCUUCACUCUGGAAAAUAUGAAAGUGGUACUCGAUUGAGCCCCGAACAUGAGAGAACUAUUCUGGACAGGUUGCUGGCUUAUCAUCCCGAGAGUGAAAAGAAGAUUGGAUGUGGAGUCGAUUACAUCACGAUUGGUUACCACCCUAAUUUUGAAACGUCGAGAUGUUUAUUCAUAGUUCGUAAAGAUGGGGAAUUGGUCGAUUUCUCGUACUGGAAAUGCAUCAAGGGCUUGAUAAGGACAAACUAUCCUCUCUAUGCCGACAGCUUCAUCCUCCGCCAUUUUAGGAGGCGUAGACGAAAUGAUUGAAGCUACAAAUUUUUCCUAGACUGUGCAUUUGAUUCGGUGCCGAAAGUUAUUUUAUAUAUAUAUAUUUUUUGUUCUCUAAUUUCUUAGUGUAUCAUCUUUACUAAAGCUUAUUGUUGUCUGUUAGAGCCGGUGUGAUUGGAAUUCAAUAGAAUAUACUUUUGAUGAGAGCUUGUGGUUGCUUAAAGGGAAUUUAGCUGCCCUUUUGUAUUAAAUAUUAUCAUUUGUAUUGUUUGGUAAAAAUAUGCAAUAAUAUUGGUUUCUGCUGCAAAGGCUU